AUUCGGGAAUACCCCAUUGAUGUCCAAAGCAACCAGCUGCCUUUUCUGCGGAAUCCGGAUAUCCUGGUGGGAGAAAAUGACCUAACUGCCCUUAGCUACCUACACGAGCCUGCAGUUUUGCAUAAUUUAAAGGUCCGUUUCCUGGAGUCGAACCAUAUCUACACUUACUGUGGUAUCGUGCUUGUUGCCAUUAAUCCUUACGAACAGUUGCCAAUCUAUGGUCAAGAUGUCAUCUAUGCCUACAGCGGCCAAAACAUGGGGGACAUGGACCCCCACAUCUUUGCUGUGGCGGAAGAAGCCUACAAGCAGAUGGCCAGGUAAGAAGAACCUCAGU